ACGCCGCCGCGCCCGCUGUUAAUGGCGGGGUCCUCGACCGCGACUGGUGCUACCCCUCCUUCCUCGGGCCCUACCCCUCGCGGCCGCGGUCGCGGCACGCGUCCCCGCGGAGCCGCCUGGAGAUGCCGCCGCUGCCCGAUCGCCGGAACCCUAAGCUGCCGGAGCGGCCCCCGCCGGAGAAGGAGGGGACGAAGGAGGACUCGGUGAAGCGGCCCCUGGUGUUGGAUGAGAGGAGGCAGGUCUCGAUCCCUUCGACUUCAACUUCUCCGUCGCGGCCGUUUCUAGGGUUCCACCAUUCUUUGUUUCUUUUACUUCUGCUUCUAGUUUCUGUAUCAUGUGCUUCUUUAGCGAUUUUGCAGCGUAAGCGAAUUUUAGAGCUUCAGGAAGAGGUAAAUAGAAUCCAAAGUUUCUGUGUUGAAAACAAUAAUGAUCUCCAAGAGGGCACCACCGAGAUUUUGCGGUCUGAGAAUGUGGAUUCCCAUUCUUACCCUAGUAGCAUUGAGAAUAGAAGUGUUGCUUUGUACACUGUGGUUCUCUCACUCAUGACACCAUUCGUUCUUUUCAAAUGCCUCGAUCAAUUCCCUCAGAUAAAAGCACUCUCAAGGACUUCAAAUAAUAACGAGGAAGAAGUCCCUUUGAAGAAGAGGAUUGCUUACAGGGUCGAUGUCAUCUUUUCCGUGUACCCUUACGCUAAGCUUCUAGCUCUUCUUUUGGCCACGAUACUACUGAUUGGAUUUGGUGGUCUGGCAUUGUAUGCUGUUAGCGAUGGUAGCUUUUUGGAAGCACUUUGGCUUUCAUGGACGUUUGUAGCGGAUUCUGGAAACCAUGCUGACCAGGCUGGUUUGGGCCCUCGAAUUGUUUCUGUGUCGAUUAGUUCGGGAGGCAUGUUGAUUUUUGCUAUGAUGCUUGGUCUUGUAUCUGAUGCGAUCUCUGAGAAAGUGGAUUCUUGGCGCAAGGGAAAGAGUGAGGUGAUCGAGAGCAAUCACAUACUGAUCCUUGGAUGGAGUGAGAAAUUGGGCUCCCUUCUUAAGCAACUAGCAAUUGCAAAUAAGAGUAUUGGCGGCGGUGUAGUUGUAGUUCUGGCAGAAAGAGACAAGGAGGAAAUGGAGUUAGACAUAGCGAAGCUGGAAUUUGACUUUAUGGGAACAUCUGUAAUAUGUAGAAGUGGAAGUCCCCUCAUAUUGGCUGACUUGAAAAAGGUUUCGGUUUCUAAGGCACGUGCUAUCAUUGUUUUAGCAGCCGAUGAAAAUGCUGAUCAAAGCGAUGCACGUGCUUUAAGAGUGGUACUAAGUUUGACUGGUGUAAAAGAAGGUUUAAGGGGCCAUGUUGUUGUAGAGUUGAGUGAUCUUGACAAUGAGCCUUUAGUGAAACUGGUUGGAGGGGAACUUAUUGAAACUGUGGUUGCUCACGAUGUGAUUGGGCGUCUGAUGAUACAAUGUGCUCUCCAACCUGGCCUAGCACAGAUAUGGGAAGAUAUCUUGGGAUUUGAAAAUGCAGAAUUUUAUAUCAAAAGAUGGCCUCAAUUGGAUGGUAUGCCAUUCGAGGAUGUACUAAUUUCAUUCCCUGAUGCUGUACCUUGUGGAGUAAAGGUUGCUUCAAAAGGGGGAAAAAUCAUGAUCAAUCCCGAUGACAAAUAUGUUCUAAAAGAAGGCGAUGAGAUCCUUGUUAUUGCUGAAGAUGACGAUACUUAUGCCCCAGGUCCUCUACCAGAGGUACGUAAGGGUUUUCUACCUAAUAUCCCAAGCCCUUGUAAAUAUCCAGAAAGGAUAUUAUUCUGUGGUUGGCGGCGGGACAUUGACGAUAUGAUAAUGGUGUUAGAAGCUUUUCUUGCUCCAGGUUCUGAGUUAUGGAUGUUUAACGAGGUUCCUGAAAAGGAAAGGGAGAAGAAGUUGAUGGAUGGCGGAUUGGAUCUAUUAGGAUUAACAAACAUUAGGCUUGUUCACAAGGAAGGAAAUGCCGUCAUCCGGCGUCAUUUAGAGAACCUGCCUUUGGAGACAUUUGAUUCUAUGAAUCUGCGGAGGACUCCAUUGUGCAUUCAGAUUCGCGGUCUCUGGCUACCCUUCUACUUAUCCGUGAUAUUCAGUCCAAGCGUCUUCCGUCAAAGGAAGUAAGAUCUCCUAUCCGAUACGCCGGCCUCUCUCAUAGCUCAUGGAUUCGGGAGAUGCAGCAAGCUUCAGAUAAAUCAAUAAUAAUCAGUGAAAUCUUGGAUUCGAGAACAAGGAACCUUGUAUCAGUCUCCAAGAUCAGCGAUUAUGUUCUU